GUGACCGGAGCACGCUGACCCGGAGUGUUCAGUCACGUCGACACAUCCACAAAGUUUGUGUAGAAGCGGCAGAGCAGCCGUGGGUGUUUUUACAAGUGUCUGAGAGCCGAUGUGUAAAACCCACAUAGGCAGAGUUAAAGAUGAGAGGAACAUCCGGGGAGACGCCCUCCAUUUUUAUAACGGACCUGCUGAGAUUUAUUGUAACUUCCGUUAAAACUACACGUUACAUGUGAGAAUAGAUGAUAAAAACUCUCGGAUAACAGUUCGUUUUUUCUGGGAGAGAAAACAGCAAACUCCUCCAAUAAGGUGUCACAGAGAAAAACAAUCUCUGAAAAGAUGGUGAAAAAAAAACAAAACAGUGGUCGUUCCAGUCGCUCUUCCACAUGCAAGACAAAAAGAGCUGACUCCCAGAUCGCGAGCAGCAAAGACCCGGCUCCUCUGGAUGCCCCGGCCCACUGUGACCUCCCUGCCGUUCCUCCAGAGCUCCAGACCCCUGGCCAAGGUCAGCUGGGAUUCUCUGACCGAGUCUACCUGCUGGCAUCAGCCAUCUUCCAGAAUCACCACCUGGAAAAGUCUGCAGCUCAGCGGCUGGUGAGUUAUGGCAAAGAGAGAGGGAUCCCUCUACCUGAAGUCAAAGAUGGGGAGAUCCAACAUUCUGCUUAUGAACUCGCCUUCAAUACGCUCAAAUAUCAAGAACUGCUGGAGGACAUCAUGAUUGACAGCUGCUUUCAUCUCACUCAGCUAAUACCAGAUGAUCAGAUGGGCCUCGUUGCCGUCAUGCUGUACGACUUCCAGGACAGGAAGUUCCUCCCACGAGAACGGCAGAGGGAGGAGGUCAUACAGGAAGUAAGAGUUGUGGAGAACUACCUCCUCAGGUUGAAAACCAAGCUGGCCGCCUCUCUGGCCCGAUGCAGGAUCAAACACAAUCUCUUGUCCAUUGAGUGUUUCCUACCGGAGAGCGUGAAGAUGAAGCAGCAGAGAUCAAGCAGCCUUCCACUUUAUACAUGGGUCAACACGCUGAAGAGCAGUCUUGACGAAGUCCAAACUGAGCUGGAGAGUUUAGGCCUCUCGCAGGUGAAGUCGAUUGGACAGCUGGAGGGCCAGACCUUCUGCAGGGAUCCCCACUGUGCCGAUGGGCUGGUAUUCCCUGCUCAGCUGAAACCUCAGCUGUAUUCCACCGAGCUGCGUCGUGACCACAAACUCGUCAUCCAGGAUAAGUCCUGCUGCCUGGGCCCAAAUGCAGCGUGCUCCGUGUUACCAGAGGAAGGGGAUGUUCUCAUGGCCGGCUGCUUCUCGGGCCUCACUGUCUCCCACACUGCUUCCCUUGUUGCUGAGAAACACAAAGCCAACAACAGCAACAACCAGCCAACAGUUUACGUUUGUGUCAGCGAUUGCACUGACGCUCAGAGGGAGGAUCUGCAGCAGAUCGUCUCCGCCAUGGGCUGCAAAAACGUGAAGCUGAUACCAGUGGUCUUCCAGUCUGUGGACGGUGCCAACAAGCUACUGCAGAAGGUGCGCAUCAUCCUGUUGACUCCCAGGUGUUCUGUGUCUGCAGUCAACAACCCCAUUGAAAUCAUACUACAAGAGAAUAGAGACACAGACCUGCUGCAGGACUUGUCCCACGGCUCCAUUGCCCCAAGCAAACUCAAAGCUCUGGUAGCAAAGCAGAGGGAGGAUAUUGGUCAUGCCCUGAAGUUCCCCAAGGUUUUAGCAGUGGUAUACUCUACCUGUUCUUCGUACCCAGCGGAAAAUGAGGAGGUGGUGAGUGGAGCCCUCGAAGAAGCCUUGGCCCACUCUGAGCAGGCGGGGAAACCAAAACAAGUAAACUUCAGACUCAGUCCAACCCCGUUCAGCUCUCCUGACAAUCCCGACAGUCCAGAGAAGAAAGAUCCCUUCUUCAUGCUGGAGGUGUCUGAUCAGAGUAACGGCUGCUUCCUGGCUCUUCUCACCAGAGAGCCCGAGCCGGUGGUCAAGGAGGCACCGCAGGAAGUGCUGGCCAGGGCAAAAGCCAAAGGCAUAUUGGACAGGAUCGGCUCCAACCAGCCAACCAGUAAAGAGCAUCGCAGAAACACCGGCAGGACGACAAAAGCAGUCCAAGCUCCCACCUGUCAGCCCCGCCCCCUUUCUGUCAGUGUCCCGUCCAAAAACCAGGAGACCAAGGGAAUCAACCGCACGGUACUGAGUGGACCUCAGGCAUUUACGAACAGACGGCAGGCAUCACAAGUAAAACCCAAAGCUCUGCGCCUGCAAACCCUGAAGAACACUGUGUCCAGCCCGUUCUCUUCCUCAAAACAAGACGGCUCCAGCUCGUCCUCCAUCAAACCAGAGGACAGGAAACCCACUAAAAUCACCAACUCUGCAUUCAACACUACAACCACCACCCUGCAUCCCGCCCCUCCUCCUUCCACCCCUGUUGUCCGUCCUCGCAGGGCUCAUCAGGAGGUUCUGAAGCCCGUGGUGUUCGUUCUGCCACCCGUUCACUUCCCCAACUUUGACCCGCACCAGAACAGCCGAACAGGAUUAAGCCCCAGCUUCAGCUACAACAGGUGGAGGACGCCGGCUCAAAUUCUGCCCCUCUCCCGCUCUAAUGGGGGCUUCUCAAAGGACACAAUGGCGAAAUCGCGACCUUUGUUUUAAGCUUAGAAAGUCCAACACGACUGUGACAGAAACAUUAACGUUUGCGCCAAGUGCCUCCUUCAAAAAAGUAAAAUGCAUACAGUGUUCUUCAACUGCAAAAUGUCCGUGAGCACCAUGCCAUUAUUACAAAGUCAUUAUUAGUGUCCGUCAUUCACGGAUGAAAAACCUCGCCAAUGUCAUUUCAAUGUCGCCACACGAUGAAUCGCUGUAUCGUCGGCUUCCAGUGGCCUGAAAGAUUAAAAGACAUAUUGAA